CCCGGUAGCUGUCGUCCGAAGAUGGCGAGUCAAGAGGGUACGGAGGAAUCAGACUUGCGGUCUUUAGAAGUCCAGCCCAGCUCCGAAGGACUAGGGUCCACUUCAGAAGGCUACGCUAGUUCUGCCCUGGCAGCCGCAAGCGCAGCAGCUGUUUCCGCUGCAUCCGCUGCAUCCGCUGCUGCAGCCGCUGUAGCUGCUUCCACUGCCAAAGCAAUUGCAUUAUCUGCAAAGGGCCCCUGCUCCGAGUCUGUUCUCACGGUCCCCUCCUCUGACCCCAAUCUCCUUGGGGGCCCCUGUGCUGGAUCUGGUUUUACCCAUAAGAUAAGCCAUGAGAACCUGGGCUUUGAGCCCACCUAUAUUUCUUGUGUUGGGCGGGACCCCCGUACUACAACUGACAGCUCUCGCUCCUGCCUUUUUCAUGACUCUGGCUCUGGACCUAUUCCGGAGUCUAGUUCUAGCCCUAAGCGGGUCUCUGGCCAGGAAGGCUCUGGCGCUGGAUCUGGCCCUGACUCUGGUUCUAAGCCUGGCCCUGAUCCCGGUCCUGGUCUUUAUCCUGGUGCUGGUGCGGGCACUGGCACUAGCACUGUCACUGGCCCUGGCCCUGGCCCCAGCCCUAAGCUUGGGAACCUUAAGGCAAAUCUGGUCUCUAAUUACAACUCCUGGAAUCAGCAGGAGUUCCUGGAGCCUCCCAAGCAGCCACCUUGGGAGUUUUUGCCAGUCUCAGAACCUUGUGCCCAAGGGUUGUCCCCAAAGGUUGAAGAGAAAUCUAAUAGGCUCUCUGAAGCAUUGUUACGGGGCCAUUGUCUCCUCUACAACUGGGAGGAAGAGAGAGCCACCAACUACCUGGAUCAAGUCCCAAACGUUCUGGAUGGCUCUGAGAGUUUCUUCUUCCGACAUGGACACCGGGGACUGUUGACCCUGAAGCUACAGUCACCUAUGCCUUCCAGCACCACCCAGAAAGACUCCUACCAGCUCCCAGCAAAGCCGCAUCAGCCACUUCGAGGGAAGAGGGAAGCCCUGCUGCAGGUGGCCCUGCACCAGCAGAUCUGUAAAGAGGUGCAGGCGCAACAGGAACCCACCAGGAUGCUCUCUGAAGCCGAGUCUGUGACACACCAUGACUACCGGACGGAGCUGCUGCCAGCAGGGCCUCCUGCCCCUACCAAGCCCCACGACUACCGUCAGGAGCAGCCUGAAACCUUCUGGCUACAGAGGGCACCACAGCUACCGGGCGUCAGUACUAUCAGGACACUGGACACACCGUUCCGGAGGAACUGCAGCUUCACCACGCCAGUGCCCUUGUCUCUAGGGCAGCCUUUACCCUAUGAACCUGAGAAUUACCCCCACCAAUGGGUAGGAAUGUCUUCCCUGGCUUGCCAGGGUGGAGGACAGUGUGGUAGAGAUGGGAGAACGCCUCCCAUCUAAGGACUGCGCUGGGGUGUAUGUGUAGAGCGUGAAGGUUGGCCAGAAUGGCGAGGAGAGGGGGAGUGGAUUCUGUUAUUUGAGAAGGCACAGUACAUAAAAGAUUCUCCUCCA